AUGUCUCUUCCAGAAAUUCUCAGACAAAUUUUGCAAGGAUUAGCCGAUCUUCAUAGCGGCCCAAAUCCUAUUCUUCAUCGUGAUUUAAAGCCCACCAAUGUUCUUCGAGAUUCACAAGGCAAAUUUCUGAUAGCUGAUUUUGGCAUUAGUCGAAUAUUGAAUAAUGAUUGUACGACAUAUGAAAGCAAGCCUAACUCGGGAACUGAGUAUUGGAUUGCUCCUGAAUCAUAUUGUGAAGAUAAAGAUACAGUCGAUAAAGGACGGUACAAGAAAGAGUCUGAUGUAAUGAAUGCAGGAAUGGUAACUUAUUGUAUUGCAACAAAAGGAAAGCACCCGUUUGGAACUAAACGGCAUAGAUUGGACAAUAUGUUAAAUGGAAACCCUGUUGGUUUGGACGAAAUCAAGGAUGAAGCACUGAAAGACCUUCUAUCGUGGAUGUUAAAUCGACAACCAGAAAACAGACAAUCGGCUACUGUGGCGUUAAAACACCCAUUUCUUAUGUCAGAUGACGAGAAAUUUGACUUAUUAUGUAAAGUUGGAAAUCUUCAGCAGAUUAAGACAAAUGAUCCACUGUGUAGUGUCGUUCAACAAUUGAAUAGUGAAUCCUCAGAUUGGAAAAGUAAAAUAGACAGUGAUAUUUAUGAUUAUUUUAGAACGGACGUCGUGACUGGAAAGAUUUUUACAUAUGACUCUUCAUGGACAGAAUGUUUAAGACUUAUUCGAAAUAUUAACCAACAUUGGAACGAUCGACCACGGCCAAAACCUCAACCAGAACUAUUUUAUAAGAUUGGCGAUCACAAGGCGUACAUUCUCAAAAAAUUCCCCAAUCUCCCUGUUCGAGUGCAUGCUACUGUGAGGUCAAAAGAAGAAUUGAAAAACAAUCCAGAUCUCAAGAACUUUUUCAUUUUCAGUGAAAGGAAACCACAUCAAUAAUAAACAGUUUUUAAACAGUAAAAACAGUUUGUGAAAAGGCAAAUGAACAGGAAAUAUACCGUGUAAAAUAAAAUUUACUCAGA